CAAUAACUUAGCUGCCUAUUUCUGACCCGGUCUUCACCCACUAGGAACGGUGUAUAAGUCAUCCUUGUCUUCCCAAUCCGCUCCUACUUGGGGGCUGAAAGAAUCGGUGAUAGAGUCAUUUCCUCGGUGUUAGUCCGGCUAGAGACAUGUUUUGAUUUUCAUUAACCGUGUAAAGAUCCCUGGCAGUAUCAGCAAGGCGGUAUGUGAUAUUCGAUCAAUUGCCACCUUUUUGCUCUGCGUCUAUGAUCUGCGUCUGAAAUUUCCGUUUUUUCUUGAUAGGAUCUUGACUGGUGUCAUCGUCACCAUAUAAUCUCGAAUAUCCACUGGAGUUCAUGUCCAAUCAGGGAUUAUCCAUUUUACAACAUUCUAUCUCCAUGUGCCUUUUCAUUUUCAGACAAUUGUAUUGUGUCUCUUGCAUGUUCAGUAUUCCAUUAUCACUAUGGCUUCAUCGUUGGAUUGUACCGCAGUUGACAACGCUUUCGGUCCCUACGCCGGAGAAUGUCGCGGUGGACUUGAUUUUACAGUUCUCUUUGAAGAUACAAUUCUAGCCAUUCUUCCGCUUGGUCUGGCUCUCAUUGCAUCUGCGUUCAGAUUUAUGUAUUUGAGUAGAGAAGGAAUUAAAGUCAUUCCCAACGUAUUCUUAUAUGUCAAGCUCGUGAGUUGGCGCCCUUUAUUCCCCUUAGUCUUUCCAUUCUAUAAUUCUAUCAUGAUUCAAAAUUGGAACAGAAUUAUCGGGAAAAUUGUAAGAGAAGUGGUCAUUGCUCUGUCAAACUUGUGUCAAGUUAACGUUACAGUAUUCUAAACACGUUACACAUUCAACCCAGUUAUGCAAAUGGGUUAGAAUAAUAGUUACUCCUCAUUUCUCGUUAAACCAGGUAUUCUGGGACAAUCAAGUCACUUGUGUCAGACAUUUGGCAUAAUGAAGUUUGAUUGUGUGUUCAGAGUACUGGCCACUUCUCUGGAGCUCAGAUUUCCAACUCAUGUGACAUUGAGCAUGGCUACCCACAGACAUUUUGAAUAAAUUUGUUAAUUUGAAAAUGCUAUUAGACUUCAUGGUUUCUAUUUUCUGCCACCCAACUCGCACUUCUUGUUCUUUGGGCUCAACCAUUGGCACCAAGGAGCAAGCUCACAACCACCUCCGUCUCGAUAUCCCUCACCGCUGCUCUCAUAUUUGCGCCACUUUCAUACAAAGAACAUCGAAGGUCCAUCAAGCCGUCGUUCAUACUUAGCAUUUACUUACUCUUCACUCUGAUCUUUGAUGUGGCUCACACAAGGACCGUAUGGCUUCUUGAGAGUCGUUACACUCCUGUUGCUGCCGUCACUACUACAGCAACAGCACUCAAGUUCCUGCUUCUGGUUCUUGAAGUCAUUGAAAAGAGGAGAAUUCUUCGUCCAGAUCAGAAAGACAACCCGCCAUAUGCUACAAGCGGAAUCAUUAACCGGUCUUUCUUUUGGUGGCUAAAUCCCCUUUUUCGGCUCGGGUAUUCCAAAACCUUGGCGGUCAAAGAUCUUUUUUCUUUGGAUCAGCCUCUGACUUCUGUUGGAUUGCGCGACUCACUUGAGGAUGCUUGGAACUGUGGUAUGUAGCUGAUAUUCUUCUAUUAGACUGAUCUAACAAUUUGACCAAGAAUCGGCAACAAAAAGAACACCACAUGCUCUCUUUUUCACCUUACUUAAGACGCUCAAAUGGCCCUUAUUAGCUUCGGUCUUUCCCAGGUUGUGUCUCAUCGGUUUCAAUUACACACAACCCUUCCUCAUCACCGCCGCAAUUGAUCUUUCUCAAAGUGAAGUAACUCCUCAAUCUCAAAAUGAGGGCUAUGGCCUCAUCGGAGCUUACAUACUUGUGUAUGUCGGAAUUGCUGUAAGCCAACUUUCAAACUCGCUAAUUGAAAUUUGACUACUGACAAUGCAUAGGUAUCAAUGGGUUUGUACCAGCAUCUCACAUAUAGAAGUAUCACUAUGGCACGCGGCGGAUUAAUUUCACUGUUGUAUGCCAAGACAGUAGAGUUGAGUGUCGCUGCUGUUGAUCCAACAGCUGCUGUCACGCUUAUGAGCGCGGAUAUUGAACGAAUCCAUACCGGUUGGCAAACCAUUCAUGAUAUAUGGGCAAAUGUAAUCGAAAUCGGGCUUGCUAUUUUCCUUCUUUACAGACAGCUUGGUAUAGCAUGUUUAAUACCUGUUGCCGUCGCGAUUUGUAGGAUCCCCAGUCCCUCUCACAAGCUACCCUAAGCUGACUAUAGCUCAGUCUCGAUGAGCGGGUCUAUCGUUGCAUCUGCACUAGUCAUGCCACGUCAAGCACUAUGGCUACAAGCAAUCGAAAAACGAAUUGCUGCUACAGCAGCAAUGUUAAAUGCUAUGAAGGGCAUCAAAAUGUUUGGCUUGACCGAUGUUCUGACCAAGACCCUUCAGGAUCUCCGGGUGAAAGAACUCAAUAUCUCCAAAAAGUUUAGAAAGAUACUUGUCUGGAAUAUGGUUUUCAGUAAGACUUCCAAAUCCGUGCGCUUAAACAUUCGCUUAGCUAAACAAUUUGUUCUUAGGCUUCAGUACUCCAGUGAUAGCACCCAUUCUCACUUUCACUGUAUUCUCAGUAUUGGCACGCAACAGCGGUAGUAGCAGAACUCUUGAUACGAACCGCGUUUUCACCUCUCUCUCUCUCUUCACAUUACUUUCCGAUCCCCUCGGAUCACUAGUCAUGGGUCUCGCGAAUUUCAUGGGCUCAGUAGGCUCUAUCCAUCGAAUUCAAGAAUUUCUUGAAUCCGAAGUGCGAGCUGACAGUCGGGAGAUCUUGGCACCAUUUGAACAUCACAAAACGGCACAUCAACCAUCUGCCAGUUCCUCAGCAACACAAUCUGUUUUGGAUGUUGAUAUCCCACCCGAUUAUCCGUUUGCAAUUGCAAACUCUAUUAUUGUGCAAGAUGCGUCUUUCGGCUGGGAAAAGGAGAAAUAUCCUAUUCUCACAUCGAUCAAUAUGACCGUUCCCCAGCAUGAAUUUACAAUACUGAUUGGACCUGUUGGUUGUGGUAAAAGUACAGUUCUAAAAGCUAUUCUUGGAGAGGCUAUUACCAUGGAAGGUAGAAUUCAGAUUUCCAAUCCCGAGGUAGCGUUUUGCGAUCAAAACCCUUGGCAUAUGAAUGGUUCGAUCAGACAAAGUAUUAUAGGGGUAGCAUCAAUGGAUGAACAUUGGUACGAUUCGGUGGUUCUUGCUUGUACAUUGAAAGAAGAUUUUAAACAUCUGCCGAAAGGGGAUAGAACAGCAAUCGGUAGCAGCGGAAUCGCUCUGUCUGGCGGACAGAGUCAGAGAAUUGUAAGAUUCAAUCAAAUCCUGUCGAUCCUUAAUUGGUUUACUGAUACGACUACAGGCGCUAGCUAGAGCUGUGUACGCUCGUAAAGACAUCAUGGUUCUGGAUGACGUGUUUCGUGGUUUGGAUCCAGAAAGCGAGAAUCAAAUCUUCUACAACCUCUUUAGUGAAAGAGGACUUUUGCGCAAACAUCAAACGACCGUUCUCCUUGCCUCAUCUUCUGGUAACCUCACUUCACGAUGUCUCGAGUUGCAAAGCUAACUAUGAUACAGUCAAACGCCUACCAUACGCAGACCACAUUAUCGUUCUUGAUGCUGAAAGAAAAGUCUCUGAACAAGGCACUUUCUCUGGACUUAAUGAAGUGGGAGGUUAUGUGGCUUCACUCAAUCUGUCACCACCAGACUGGAAAGAAGAUAUUGAUGCCAUACUUCCUUUCUAUGAUGGAGCUGGGAAGUCUGGAAAAACUCCUUAUAGAGAAGCGGCGUUCUCCGAGAAACUCGAUUUUGAGUUGAUUCCCGAGGAAGAGGAGGAGGCCAUAGCUGAUGAUGCCAGUAGGAGAGUUGGUGAUACCUCGGUCUAUAUGUAUUACUUUAAAGCUGUGGGGUGGCUGCCAACGAUAAUCUUCGUUGUUGGAAUGUGCGGAUUCGUGGUUUGCUUUUCUCUACCCCGUAAGACUUUUUUUCCCUUGUGGUAUACUGAUUUUGCUAACUCGACAUAGCUAUUUGGGUACGGUGGUGGGCUAAAGAUAAUGCCCUUUAUCCAAAUGCGCACAUGGCCUACUACUUGGGCAUAUAUGGACUCCUUGGUGGUUUGUCUCUAAUUUGUCUUAUUGUCGCUGGCUGGUAAGGAAAUACAAAUUUGAGGCAUCGCACCCGUUCGCAUGCUAAAAUUCGAUAGGGAGAUGAUCAUCAAUAUGGUGCCAAAAUCGGGCGAGAAUUUUCACUGGAUACUUCUUAAUACAGUGCUAAAGUAUGUAGAGAAGCUCUUGCCCCCAUUCUAUCUCGCUGACCAGCCCAAAACAGAUCACCAAUGUCUUUCUUCUCUACCACUGAUUCCGGCAUCACUCUCAACCGCUUCAGCCAAGAUCUCCAGCUAAUAGACAUGGAUCUCCCCGUCGCAGCACUGAAUACCUUUGCAAGUAAGACCUCCCUCAUUCCCUCUUGACUCAUCACAAGCAAAAUACUAAAUAGAAUAGCCCUGAUCCUCUGUCUGGCCCAAAUAAUCAUAAUCGGCGUCUCCUCAAUCUACGCCCCUAUUUCCUUCCCCAUAAUUCUCGGCCUCCUCUACCUAAUCCAAAGGGUCUACCUACGCACCAGUCGACAAAUCCGUCUUCUUGAUCUCGAAGCCAAGAGUCCACUCUACACAACCUUCCUCGAAACACUCCAAGGACUCCCCACAAUCCGCGCCUUCUCUUGGGGUCCCCAUCUCAUCUCUCACUCCCUUUCUCUCCUCGAUACAUCACAAAAGCCAUUCUACGCACUGUUUGCCGUCCAACGCUGGCUUGUCUUAGUGCUUGAUCUAGUAGUUGCGGGUAUUGCGAUAUUGCUUUGUGUUUUGGUUGUAUCAUUGAGAGGGACGAUUGAUGCUGGGUUUGUUGGGGUGGCGUUGCUGAAUGUUGUGCUUUUUGGACAGAGUGUUAAGCUGUUGCUUACGUAUUGGACGAAUUUGGAGACGCAUAUCGGUAGUAUUGCAAGGGUGAAGGCUUUUACCGAGGAAGCGAAGAGUGAAGGAAAUGAUCUGGGUGGUGGUGAGAGAAAAACGCCCCCAGAAAGCUGGCCGGAGAGAGGCGAGAUUCUUUUUGAGGGCGUCUCAGCAGGAUACAAGUAUGUUUCCUUCCAAUUGAUUGCCUUCACUUGUACCAAGAGAUAUUAUUCACUAACACAAUAUCAGAACCGACGAAUUGGUACUAAAAAACGUCACUCUUUCCAUCCCCGCCGGUGAAAAAUUUGGAAUCUGUGGCCGUACAGGAAGGCAAGCCCACCCGUCCCCUUUUCUCCCUCGCCUAAUUACUAACCACCCCCCAGCGGCAAAUCCACCCUCCUCACCACCCUUUUCCGUCUCCUCCCCCUGGCCGAGGGAACAAUAAAGAUAGACUCCAUCCCCAUCAACACAAUCCCUCUUCAACACCUUCGUACCCAUCUCAACAUCAUACCACAAGAUCCCUAUUUCCUCGCCGGUUCCGUGCGCUUGAACGCUGAUCCCUUGGGACAAGCUAACGAUGACGAUAUCAUCGCUGCAUUGAAGACCGUAGAACUCUGGGAUGUGGUUUUAGAGAAGGUACGUGAGUCCAAAGGAACGGAUGCGAGUAAGGAGAAGAUUGGAAAGGGGGAUACGAAAGGUAUGAAAGAACAAGGUUUGGGACUAGACAUCGAGAAAUUGCAUUUAUCAUGCGGACAACAACAAGUCUUCUGUCUCGCCCGAGCUAUAUUGCGAAAGAUGCAAGUGUUAGUAUUGGAUGAGGCGACGUCUAGGUACUUUCUUCCAGCCCAUCCCAUCCCUUCUUCUCACUCUAUAAACCUGUUCUAAUACACCCACCACAGCGUCGACACCCAAACCGACAAUCUCAUGCAAUCCAUCUUGCGUUCCAAAUUCCACAAGCAAACCAUCAUAGCAGUAGCCCACCGUCUCGAUACAAUCCUUGAUUUCGACCGGGUCGCGGUACUUGAGGAUGGGGAGGUGGUGGAGGUUGGGCCGCCUUAUGAGUUGCUUGCCAUGGAGGGGGGACGAUUCAGAGCUUUAUAUUACAGUGGUCAGAGGGAGGAAGAUGGGGAUUUGGGUGCUGUGGGGAAAGGGUAG